CCAAUAUGGCGGUCGUUAUCUGACGUGACGUGAAUUGUUCCAUGAGCCUUAUUGCCUUUUUUCUUCAUUCCUGUGCUGAUAGGCAAUUUUUUACAUUCCAGAAUAAUAUAUGUUUCUACAUUUAACGCGUGAGGAUCUAUUCGGGUCAUUAUCUGACCUUUCAUAAAUCGUAUUUCAUAAAUUUCAUAAAUAUAGGUGCUUCUGCUUAUGCUUUUAUAGCAAUCUGGUAUCAUGGGGUCUUCAGCAGAAUUAUGUCUACGAUGGAGUAGCUAUGAAUCAACCUUGCUGUUGUCUGUCUGUGACAUGUGGGAUGCAGGAGCAUUGACUGAUGUGACACUUUUUGCAGAAGGAAGAACUAUCAAGGCUCAUAAAGUGGUUUUAUCUUCUUGUAGUGGUUAUUUCAAAGAAGUACUUCAAGAUGUGACUUCUGCUCAACACCCUAUCAUUGUGCUUCCUUAUGCCUGCUAUCAAGAUCUUUUGGCUGUGAUUAGCUUCAUGUAUAAGGGUGAAAUCAACAUUACCCAGCUAGAACUUUCUGGCUUACUAAAUUGUGCAGAAUCUCUACAAGUCAAGGGCCUGGCUAAAAUCAACCCAUUAAGAGCAUCAGGUCUUCUGAAAGAGGUGUGCAAAAAAAACAGCCGUGGUACUGUAGCAAGUCAUGGACUAUUGGGAGGAACAAGUAUCAAAAUGGAAGCUCACCAGGUUUGGAAAAAUAAUGGCCUUCUACCUCACAGUGAAGGUGAAGAAGCUGUAGAAAUUACAGAAAUAUCUGAAGAAUGUUUAAUGGUUGAAGAAGAUUCUCCAGAAAAUAUGCUUGAGGAAGUCGAGAUAGACAGCGAGUGCCACGAUUCAGAAGAGGGUGAGGGUGGAAAUGAAUCCAGCCACAGCGGUAGCGAACGCAGCGAAGGAAAGCUCUACUUUUUGACAUCAUUGGGUCAACACGAAGAAAUGAAGGAUGAAGACAUAAAAAAAUCCAGCGAGACAGCCAAACAGAUAAAGAAUCGAAGAAGAAAGCGCGGUGACCUUAUUCGUGCAAUUAAUGCAGCAUGGAACUGUGGCCGAGGCGGAAUGAAGGAAUGUACCACCAAUAACGGGCAACGAUCCUCCAUCCGGAAAACUCUUUUGCCAGUUUCUUGUCCGAUCUGUUUUAAAGUAUUAUCCAACGCCUACAAUUUAAAGGUCCAUAUGAGCAUUCAUGACGGUCUAAAACAUCAAUGUUCCAUCUGUGGGCACACUUCUAAAUCGCGGGAUGCCCUUCGUAAACACCUGGCCUACCGUCACCUAAUCGGCAUGAGCGGACCCGUAAGGCCCCGUAUGCCUGCCAACAAACGCAGAAAGCAUGAUGGCACAGACGACAUGCUGGACACAUCAAUGCAGUCAACAGAAAACGAGAAUCAGAUUGCCACCGCAUCCAGUCUUUCUUUCUCCGAUCCAGACAAUGAUCAUCUGGCCCACAGUGGAGGUGAGGACGUCGACCAGAACGGGAAUCCGUCAGUUGCCAAUGACACUUGGUGAGACAAAACCUUUUUAUUUCUCUUUAAAAGAAACCAAGCUACAUAUCUUCUCAGAUCAUUGCGUAUUAU